UAUCAUUUCUGGAGGACACAGUUCUGUUUAUGCAGAAGAUGCGCCGAGAUAUGAUGGUGAUAUAUUUCGAAUAGGUAUUCCAGUACUGGGUAUUUGUUAUGGGAUGCAAAUGAUGAAUAAGAAGUUUGGUGGUACUGUUAAUAGAAAGGAAGGACGUGAAGACGGACAAUCUUUAAUAGAAGUUAAUACCAAGUGCCUUUUAUUCAAGGGCUUGGAGAAAGAUCAAUUAGUUUUACUCACUCAUGGAGAUAGUAUAGACAGGGUUGCUGAUUGUUUUCGUGCAACAGCUAAAUCAUCAAAUUUUGUUGUUGGAAUGUUAAGUGACAAAAUGAAUUUAUGUGGAUUACAAUUUCAUCCCGAAGUUGAUCUUACGACAAACGGUAAACAAAUGUUACAUAAUUUUUUGUUCAGUAUCGCUGGUUUGACUGGUAACUAUACAAUGCACGAUAGAGAAGCCCGGUGCAUUCAAUAUAUUAAAAAGACUAUUGGCAGCAACAAAGUAUUGUUGUAAGUUAGUGGAGGAGAGGACUCAACAGUAUGUGCGGUAUUAUUACAUAAAGCAUUGAAUAAAGAACAAGUAAUUCCAUUGCAUAUCAACAAUGGAUUUAUGCGCAAAGGCGAAACAUCGUUUGUUGAACAGAGUUUAGCUGAACUAGGUGUUAAGCUGCGUGUUGUCAAUGCAAUACAUAGUUUUAUGGAGGGAACAACGUCUGUACCACUGGAUCAUGUAUCACCGGCAAAUAUUAUUAACAAUAAGGGUAUUGGUGUUACGGCGAUUGGUCCGAGAACUAGAAUAACUAAAAUGCUGUGUCAGACAACAAGUCUUGAGGAAAAACGUAAAAUAAUUGGUGAUGUCUUUGUCCGGGUUGCUAAUGACGCUAUGACGGAAAUGGGAUUGAAACCUGAACACGUUUUUAUUGGACAGGGUACGCUCAGGCCUAAUCUUAUUGAAAGUGCUAGUGCACUUGCCAGUGGCAAAGCAGAAGCUAUUAAAGCCCAUCACAAUGACAGCGAACUCGUAAGAGUCUUGAGAUCACAGGGAUUUGUUGUUGAACCACUUAAAGAUUUUCAUAAAGAUAAAGUACGACAGAUUGGAUGUGUCUUAGGAUUCCCAGCGCCGCUUGUUCAACGACAUCCGUUCCCUGGUCCCAGUUUAGCCAUACGUAUUUUGUGUGCUGACGAACUUUUUAUGGACAAAGAUUUUUCCGAAACUCAGGUAAUUGUAAAAAUAAUGGCCGAGUAUGAACAAAUGCUGCAGAAAAAACAUGCACUAUUAAAUCGUGUCGAAAGUGCAACAAGUGAAUCAGAACGUCAACAUUUACGCAGAGUUUCAAGUGAAAAUCAUAUUGCGGCGAUAUUAUUACCAGUUCGCAGUGUUGGAGUACAAGGCGAUCGAAGGAGUUAUAGUUACGUCGUAGGGUUAUCGUGUCAGGGACUUAAACCGGAGGAGGAACUGCCACUAGAGAGCGUAGUGUGGGAAGAUUUAUUGUUUCUCGCAAGACUGAUUCCCCGUGUCUGUCACAACGUAAAUCGCGUCUGCUAUAUAUUCGGACCAAUAGUCCAGCAUCCAAUAAUUGACAUAACACCAACGCAGCUCACGUCAAAUGUCAUCUCGACACUCAGACAAGCCGAUCACUUGGCCAACCAAGUUCUCACCUCAAAUAACUGUAUAAACGCAAUCAGUCAGAUGCCAGUUGUAUUGAUGUAUUGAUUGUACCCGUUA